AUGCGAAGACCGCAAGCGCUGUUCUCCGCAGCCACAAGAUGUGCAAGACUUGGAACUUCACGUCGGCUUUGUUCGUCGUCGCCUAUCGUUAGAAUCGCCAAUGGCACGUUUUACCGCCAACAUCCUUCGUCAAAAGAUCAAGAUGCGGCUUCAAACCCGCCGUUGUUCUCGGGUCUUACGUUAGAUCUACCAUCCUUCUCAACGCCGAAACAGCAUUGGGCGGUUCUAAGCCCAUCAUCUGACAUUCGCACGGCGUUUCUCCAAAUCCUUCGCGGUCAACUACUCUGCUUCCCCCCAACAGCGCGGUCUUUCCCUUACCUUCUCACCCCAGCCAUCACAGAAAACAGACCGCGCCUCCGCUUCCCCGAGCGAGCGAUCGAGUAUGUGGGCUUCGAUGUUGAGCGGAAAGCUUUUGGUGGCGCCUAUCUGUCGGCACGCUAUGAGUCCCUAAGAGAAGAUACCGAUUUCACUGUCCAGAGAUACCUGACGGGUAUCGUAACGAUGAACCCUGGAGAAGAGGAAUUGAAGGCAAAGAGCGUGGAUGAAGAUGACAUGAAGAGGGUAAUGCGGGAUUUGGAACUAGAGAGGUUUAUCGACAAGCCUGUCAGUAUGUUGAGCAAUGGGCAGAGCAGACGGGCGAGAAUUGCGAAGGCAUUACUGAGUAGGCCCGAGAUGCUGUGUCUGGAUGCGCCGUUUAUUGGGCUUGAUCCUGUUGUCACAAGGCACAUCUCCAAGGUUUUGCAUCGUCUUGCGGAAGCCAACGCACCACGUGUUGUUCUCAGUCUACGACCGCAGGACGAUGUUCCUGGCUGGAUUACACAUGUUGUGUACGCUGGGGAAGACGGAAAAGUUAAUAGGCUGGGGCCAAAGGAGGAGGUGUUGAGGUAUCUGGAAGAGAAGUACGAGGAAAUUGACAGUCUUAGGGAUGACGAACAGAGCUCAAGCAUCAAAGACACAAGGAAAGCAGGACAACAAUCAGGAAGAGACGACUCCAAAACAUCGCCAGGUACGCCGGCACUGAGCCGAGACGGCUACGAAAGAGUGGAUACCUCUAUACCUACUAUCGGAGAACCCGUCGUCGAGAUGCAAGGAGUACGCAUUGCCUAUGGCCAGAACUCUGUCUUAGGAGACUGGGAACAGGAAGUCAAUGGCGUUUCUCGAUCCGGUCUUCAUUGGGAUGUGUGUCGAAAUCAACGCUGGGGUAUAUUUGGGGCAAAUGGUUCCGGAAAGACCACUCUCUUGUCCCUUGUGACAUCAGAUCAUCCACAGACUUACUCUGCUCCUGUAAAGCUCUUCCAGCGCUCUCGCUUACCCGAGCCCGGCGUCCCCGGCAUAACCAUUUUCGAAAUACAGUCGCGGAUGGGUCAUGCGAGUCCAGAGGUUCAUGCACUGUUUCCGAAGAGACUGACUCUGAGAACAACAUUGGAGAGUGCAUGGGCUGAUACACCAAUCACAAAGCCGAGACUAGAUGGACAGGCGAAGAAAAGAGUGGAUGCAUGCUUAAACUGGUUUGAGGCGGAACUUAGACCUGGAUUCGGCAGCUGUGAGAAAGGUAGCGAGACUACUGCAUGGGCAUCCAACACUCUGUUUGGCGAAGUUUCAUUCUCAGCUCAGCGCGUCCUCUUAUUCCUGCGCGCCACGAUCCGGAAUCCUGAUAUUGUUAUCCUAGAUGAAGCGUUCAGUGGCAUGGACGAUCUCGUUCGGGACAAAUGUCUUUUGUUUCUCAGUCGCGGUCAGAGUAUGGAACUCAAAUCCUCAGCCGACGGACCAAAACCGGUGAAGUGGCAGGGUGAGGUCGAAAUGCCCGGAUUACAAGAACACCAAGCUUUGCUUUGUGUCAGCCAUAGUAAACACGAAGUACCUGGAUGCAUACGAGAAUGGAUUUGUCUACCCGAGCCAGGCACGGGACCGCCGAGAUUUGGUCGAUUUGAUGGGCCUGUUGAAUUGGACGCCGGACGUUGGAAUGAAGUCUGGGACGAAGAGCUGUGA